AUGUUGACUGAAAUUUCUGAACUUAGUAGUAAUAUCCAUAGUUUUGCCUCUAGCCUUUCUCAAGUGUGUCUAGCAUCUCACAGUUAUCCCUUUUUAUCUGCCUCUUUGUUCCUCUCUCCUGCUCUUCCUCCACUAUCUCUCUUUGCCUUCCUUGAUCUUUCUUACACCUAUAUCCCUGCUCUCUUCCCAUUCAUUUUCUCUCUCCCUACUAUCACAUUCUCUCUCUUCUCUCACCGGCUCACUAUCUCUCUUCUCUCUCUCUCUCUUGGACUCACUAUCUCUCUUCUCUCUCUCUCUCUUGGACUCACUAUCUCUCUUCUCUCUCUCUCUCUUGGACUCACUAUCUCUCUUCUCUCUCUCUCUCUCUUGGACUCACUAUCUCUCUUCUCUCUCUCUCUCUCCUCUCUCUCUCUCUCUCUUGGACUCACUAUCUCUCUUCUCUCUCUCUCUCUCUUGGACUCUAUCUCUCUUCUCUCUCUCUCUCUCUCUUGGACUCACUAUCUCUCUUCUCUCUCUCUCUCUCUCUCUUGGACUCACUAUCUCUCUUCUCUCUCUCUCUCUCUCUCUUGGACUCACUAUCUCUCUUCUCUCUCUCUCUCUCUCUCUUGGACUCACUAUCUCUCUUCUCUCUCUCUCUAUGCAGCUCACUAUAUCUCUUCUCUCUCUCUCUCUAUGCAGCUCACUAUCUCUCUUCUCUCUCUCUCUAUGCAGCUCACUAUCUCUCUUCUCUCUCUCACUCUCUGCAGCUCACUAUCUCUCUUCUCUCUCUCUCUAUGCAGCUCACUAUCUCUCUUCUCUCUCUCUCUAUGCAGCUCACUAUCUCUCUUCUCUCUCUCUCUCUCUGCAGCUCACUAUCUCUCUUCUCUCUCUCUCUAUGCAGCUCACUAUCUCUCUUCUCUCUCUCUUGGACUCACUAUCUCUCUUCUCUCUCUCUUGGACUCACUAUCUCUCUUCUCUCUCUCUUGGACUCACUAUCUCUCUUCUCUCUCUCUUGGACUCACUAUCUCUCUUCUCUCUCUCUUGGACUCACUAUCUCUCUUCUCUCUCUCUUGGGCUCACUAUCUCUCUUUUCUCUCACUCUCUCUGGCUCACAAUCUCUCUUUUCUCUCUCUCUCUGGCUCACUAUCUCUCUUUUCUCUCUCUCUCUCUCAGGCUCACUAUCUCUCUUUUCUCUCUCUCUCUCUCUCAGGCUCACUAUCUCUCUUUUCUCUCUCUCUCUCUCUCAGGCUCACUAUCUCUCUUUUCUCUCUCUCUCUCUCUCAGGCUCACUAUCUCUCUUUUCUCUCUCUCUCUCUCAGGCUCACUAUCUCUCUUUUCUCUCUCUCUCUCAGGCUCACCUAUCUCUCUUUCUCUCUCUCUCUCUCUCAGGCUCACUAUCUCUUUUUCUCUCUCUCUCUCAGGCUCACUAUCUCUCUUUUCUCUCUCUCUCUCUCAGGCUCACUAUCUCUCUUUUCUCUCUCUCUCUCUCUCACUAUCUCUCUUUUCUCUCUCUCUCUCUCAGGCUCACUAUCUCUCUUUUCUCUCUCUCUCUCUCACUAUCUCUCUUCUCUCUGGCUCACUCUCUUUUCUCUCUUCUCUCUCUCUGGCUCACUCUCUUUUUCUCUCUUCUCUCUCUCUGGCUCACUCUCUUUUCUCUCUUCUCUCUCUCUGGCUCACUCUCUUUUCUCUCUUCUCUCUCUCUGGCUCACUCUCUUUUCUCUCUCUCUCUCUCUUGCUCACUCUCUUUUCUCUCUCUCUCUCUUGCUCACUCUCUUUUCUCUCUCUCUCUGGCUCACUCUCUUUUCUCUCUCUCUCUGGCUCACUAUCUCUUUUCUCUCUCUCUCUCUCUCUGGCUCACUAUCUCUCUUUUCUCUCUCUCUCUGGCUCACUAUCUCUCUUUUCUCUCUCUCUCUGGCUCACUAUCUCUCUUUUCUCUCUCUCUCUGGCUCUCUCUCACUAUCUCUCUUCUCACUAUCCUGCCCUCAUUCUGUCUAUGGAUCUGUCACUCAUUCAGACGGCUUUGAGCGCUUUGAGUGGCGACACAGUUAUUCUCAGGUUUAUCCUCCCAAGCAGAAAUAUUCACCAAAAGGUGUCUUCAUGUCAUUUGAGCAUUAUAACGUUGAAGUUCGUGAUCGUGUGAAAUGUAUCAGUGGUAUGGAAGGUGUUCCAAUAUCAACUCAGUGGGGACCUCAAGGUCAUCAUUAUCCGAUCCAAAUUGCUCAGUUUGGACUGAGUCACUACAGUAAAUUUUUGACAGAGGAGGAUCCUGAUGUAACCAUCUUGGAGGAUGGAGAUGAUGAAGACUUGCGAGAUUGGGGUCUGCCCUCUGCAAGAACGCACAUAAAAGUAGUUUCAGAUCCUGAAGUUGGUAGAGUCGUAGAAUUCGAAGCACCUGAUUCCUUGGGUUCAUUUGGAAUUUGUAUGGAGGUUGAGGAAGACACGUUUGUGUUGUCUCUUGACUUCCGUUUCAUUACAAAUGGAACCAUUACAGUGACGCUCGAGGUACAAAAAGGCCGUGUCUACUACAUCCAUUACGUGUUCAAUGACAACCUCAUCUCAAUAUCGGGUCAGCACAUCUACUACGGCCUUGGAGACAUCCAGCGUACAUGGCGUCAUUUCACCCGUGACAUUGGCAUAGACUUCCAGAAAGGAAUGGGUCUGCAAUACUCCAAAGUGAAAAAGGGUAAACUUCGCAGUAUCAUCAUAAGAAUAACAUCAAUAUGCCUUCACGGGCACGGACAAGUGGAUAACGUUACUAUCUCCUCGACUGCUCAUCUUGACCAGUUUUAUGAUGCAGCCAACUGGCUGGUCAAUCACCAGGAUGAGCGAGGCGGCUGGCCAAUCAUGGUAGCACGAAGACUUGACGUACUUCAGCUUGCGCCCGGCUGGUAUUCAGCAAUGGCCCAAGGUAAAAAUAACAACUUUAUAUGCAAGCUUGAUAAACUUUUUGCAUCUCUCUCUCUCUCUCUCUUUCUCUCUCCUAUUCUUCUCACUCACUUUCUCUCUUUCUUCUCAAUUCCUUUCCUCUCAUCCCCCCCUUUUUAG